UGGGGGGCCGGGGAGGGCGCCCGGCGCAGCCCCGCACCGCGCUCGGGGGAGCGGGUGCUCCCUGGGCGGCUGCACCCACCCCCAUGGAGGCUUUUCCCGGUGCCAAGCUGGAGCAGCACCGGCACCUCCCGCCCGUGGAGUGCCUGCCGGGCGCCCGCUACGGCGGCCGGAGUCACAGCGCCUGCGGGAACGUCUUCAACUCCUGGAACGACUACCUGGGGUUGGCCACGCUCAUCACCAAGGCCGUGCGCCCCGGCAAGGGUUUCGGCGCCGAGCCCCCCUCGGUGGUGGUGGCGGCUGCCGUGCCGCCGGCCGAGGAGGAGGAAGAGGAGGAGGAGGAGGAGGAAGAGGCGGCGGGGCCGUACUUCGAGGGCGCGCUGGACUUGCACGACCUGGACCUGUGCGGGCAUCACCACCACCAUCAUCACCACCACCACCACCACCACGGCGAGGGCCUGCUGGAGGAGCGCUUCGCCGACUUCAGCCCCUUCCCCGGGCGCGGCGGCCCCGCCGCCGUCGUUUUCGAUUGCUCGGGAGAACACCCGGGCCGGGAGGGCUCGCCCCACGCUUGGGGCGGCGUGGUGGUGGCUGGCCGGUUACCGACCCACCCGCGGGCCUCCUCCCGGUUGCUCAAACCCGAGCUGCAGGUCUGCGUCUUCUGCCGGAACAACAAGGAGGCCGUGGCUCUCUACACCACCCACAUCCUCAAGGGACCCGACGGCCGCGUCCUCUGCCCGGUGCUGCGGCGUUACACCUGCCCCCUCUGCGGUGCCAGCGGUGACAAUGCCCACACCAUCAAGUACUGUCCCCUCUCCAAAAUGCAGGCGGCCAAACAGCUCAAACACGCCCGGACCGCCCUGGGGAAGAAGGGCCGUUAGGCGCCGGGACCCCGGGGGCGACCCGGGCUUCCUCCCGUCUGUUUCUUUUUGGGGUUGUUUUUGGGGGGUUUUGGUUUGGUUGGUGGUUUUUUUGUUUGGUUUUUUUUUUUUGGUUUGGUUUUUAAAGCGGAUGGCGGUUUCGUUCCUUCACACGUUAAUAUAUUAUUAAAAGGCGGCGGCCGGCGCGCGCUGGCCCGCGCGGAGCCGGGCGGCGGGAAUUGCGCAGCUGAGAUGCACUGUAUUUGUUUAUUGUAAGAAAAAAAAAAAAAAAACAAAA